AUGGCUAAAUGGAGCCCUCCCCCUUGUCCUUCCUUCAAACUUCAGUUUGAUGGGGCCUCUAAGGGCAAUCCAGGAAAGUCCAGGAUUGGGGUAAUUAUCUUUGACCAUUCUUCAAAAAUCGUCAUGGCAGCUGGUAAAUACAUUGUUCAUGGCACUAAUAACAUGGUUGAAUUUCAGGCUCUAUCCUUCGGACUUGAUCUGGCUCAUUGUCUAAAUAUCAAAGAUAUUGUUAUUGAAGGGGAUUUAAUGCUUGUCUGUCAGGCAGUUGCUACCAAAAAAUGCAUCUCUUGGCAUAUGCAGUACCUUCUGGAGCACAUUCUUCUUCAACUUAAUGGCUUCUCCACUUUCUCGAUUUCCCACUGUUUUAGAGAAAUUAAUGUGUUUGCGGAUUUUCUUGCAAAUAAGGUUAUUAGUGAUGGUGUAGAUCACAUAGAACUUGCAUCUUCAGAUUUUCCUAUCUCAUGUAUGAAAAUUCUAUCUUAA